UUUAGUUUAAGCCCAGGUCUAGUUAGAGCAAGAGUUGAUCAUGAGGACUAUGAAAGGUUUCUAUGUUCUUUUCACGCUGCAUCUGUGUUUCUUAGACUCUGGGAAGACUGGGAAAAUACUUGUGUGGCCCUCGGAUUCUAGUCACUGGAUUAGUCUAAAAGUUAUUCUGGAUCAACUCCAGCUUCAUGGGCAUGAGAUAACUAUCCUGGUACCUUCACCGAAUCAUCUAUUUGAUCUUACCAAGAUUCCCUUUAAUGUGGAGAACCUUCAACUUCCAGUAACACAAGAAACUCUCAAGGAAGAGCUGGAUACCAUUCUCUACAUAGCUUCUUUUGAACUGCCAAAACUUUCAUGGUGGAACAGACAAGCAAAACUGAGAGAAAUGGGCAAGAGAUUUUUCAGGGUAACCAAAAGAACAUGCGACAGUGCUAUCACAAAUAAGGAGUUACUCAGCAGGCUACAGGCAGCUAAGUUUGAUAUCUGUCUUGCUGAUCCCUUAAGCUUUUGUGGGGAGUUGUUGGCUGAGCUCCUCAAUAUUCCAUUUAUAUAUUCUUUUCGGUUUUCUCAUGGGAGUGUCAUUGAGAGACUGUGUGCUCAACUUCCCACCCCUUCUUCAUAUGUUCCUGGCAGCACAUCAGGACUGACAGACAGCAUGACUUUUGUACAGAGGCUGGAGAAUUGGUUACUCUACAUAAUGAGUGAUAUGAUGUUUUUAUAUUUUCUAUUUCCAGAAUGGGAUGAAUAUUACAGCAAAAUUUUAGGAAAACCUACCACAUUAUGUGAGAUUAUGGGGAAAGCUGAAAUGUGGUUGAUUCGAACUUACUGGGAUUUUGAAUUUCCUUACCCUUAUCUGCCUAAUUUUGAAUUUGUUGGAGGACUGCACUGCAAACCUGCAAAGCCCCUACCUAAGGAGUUAGAAGAGUUUGUCCAAAGCUCUGGAAAAGAUGGAAUUGUGGUAUUUACUCUUGGGUCGAUGAUCAAAAACCUCACAGAAGAAAAGUCUAAUAUAAUUGCAUCAGCCCUUGCCCAGAUUCCACAGAAGGUUCUGUGGAAAUACACAGGAAAGAAACCAGACACAUUAGGACCCAAUACCCGGCUAUAUGAAUGGAUUCCCCAAAAUGAUCUUCUUGGUCAUCCCAAGACCAGAGCUUUUAUCACUCACUGUGGAACCAAUGGGAUCUAUGAAGCUAUUUACCAUGGAAUCCCUAUGGUGGGAAUUCCCAUGUUCGGUGAUCAGCCUGAUAAUAUUGCUCGUAUAAAGGCCAAAGGGGCAGCAGUUGAAGUAGACCUGCAUACAAUGACGAGUUCCAAUCUGCUUAAGGCUUUGAAGGAAGUUAUUAACAACCCUUCCUAUAAGGAGAAUGCCAUGACAUUAUCAAGAAUCCACCAUGAUCAGCCUAUGAAGCCCUUGGAUCGGGCAGUCUUCUGGACCGAGUUUGUCAUGCGCCACAAAGGAGCCAAACACCUCCGGGCAGCCUCCCAUGACCUCACCUGGGUCCAGUACCACUCUUUGGAUGUGAUUGGGUUCCUGCUGGCCUGUGUGGCAACUACUAUACUCCUGGUCUCAAAAUGUUGCCUGUUUUGUUGCUGGAAAUUUGGUAAGACAGGAAAGAAGAACAAGAGAGAAUAGCUUUCUUUAAUAGUUUGGCUGGAAAUCUUGACAGGGCCCAUCUGAAUUAACCUAGCCAGUGAUCCGAACAGAUUCCUCUUCUAUCUUCCAGGUUCUUGUCCAUUCCUCAGCUUAUGAAGUCAAAGAUCAAAGAGUCACCCAAGGAGUUUGCCACAUGAUUUAGAAUUAGGGUUUAAAACACUUUAUUCUUUAAAAAGAGAAGAUAAACACGUGGAAGUUUCUACUACUAAAAUCCUAGUGCUUUACUUUGUUCAUUCGUUUCAGCAAAACAAAUUAGGAUGAUGUUUGAGGUUUAGGAACAUAAUUAAUUCUAUUUUCAGUACCAAUCAUAUCGAGCAUUUUCAAAAUAGUUAACAUCAUUUUGGGUCUAGUAUGUUGUAAUUACUGCGUAUUCUUUAAAGGUACUUUACAAAGUAGAAAAGAGCAUGCUAUAGCCAGAGCUUCCCUUCUAAUUAGGAAAAUCAGGAGAUUCAAAUAUUCCUACUCUGCCGGGAAUCAUAUUUUAAACCAUUCAUUUCAUUUCAUAUGACACCUCUGACUUUGUCUUCCCUGGAAUACAAAACAUUAUUUUUUGUUUUUGAUUUGAAGAUUGCCCUUCAUUUAAAAAUUAAUAAUAAUAGUACUAGAUUUGUAUUGUAAUACUGGGUGACUUUAGAGAAAUAGUUGAUUUUGAUAACUUAGAAUUAUUGAUGGCAUGGUGGAAUAAAAGUAAACAAUUAUAAUUUAAUACCUGCCCUUUUGAAGUAACUGAAAAAUUUUUAAAAAUUCUUUUCUGGGACACCUGGGUGGAUCAGUCAGUUGAGCAUCUGCCUUCAGCUCAGGUCAUGAUCCCAGGGUUCUGGGAUUGAGUCCUGCAUUGGGUUCC